AUGUCAGAGGGGGCAAUGCUAGACGUAGUGAAUGGGGAAUUGGGUGCCGGGGGCAACAACUCGCCCGUCUCCCUCAACCCAAAGCUGGUGACACACAAGGAGAACGUCGCAGACGUCGCUGAGGAUGAACCACGGAGCGUGUCAGCCCCAUUUGCACCGACGCCAAGAGAGUCCAUACACCGCGGGCAAAUACAGAGUGAGAGAAGGAAGUCGGGCGUUGUCGCGUCUUUAGGAGGCAUGGGGCGAUCGCGAAGUAGGACUGCUUCUGUGCCCGCUGGGGCUCGCCCUAGUUUAUCGUCUUCUAACCCGUUUGCGCAGCGCUACAGUCAUGUCCAUUCGGUUGUGAAGGACCUCAUUGAGGAAAAGAUUACCCCGCUAGAGGCGCAGCAUGGAAGACCCAUAGAAAGGCAGCGUUUACAGAGCAUCGCGCCUGCCUCCACUCCCCAGUUUUCGUGUAUUCCUGGGAGUUUUUAUAGCACGCUUCAUGGCGGUAGCGGGCUCGUGACGCCGCGCAGAUCCUCCGCGUGCAGCCUGCAGAGGUCAAGCCAAAACAUGUCUAGAAACUCCCCGUCAUUCCGCAGUUCACCCCGCAGAGUUCUGCGGCGCGGGGCUAGUGGAACCCCCAGGGCAUCUUCGGUGCGACGUGAGCAAAGCCCUGAGGGGAUCAAGGUAGAGCCGUUGCCCAAGCAGAAGGCUUCGGAGCACGCGUACGUUUUGAAAGUUGUGGAUAAGCUUAGUAGUGCAAGGGUUCCCUACAAUUACGUGCCACGGUGUGCGCAGAAAAUCCCUGAGCGCCUCAAGUACCACCCACCACCGUCACCGCCCGACACGCCUUCUCCUCCGGGCAGUGCCGAGAUGGAGCGGGAGAUCUCGCCACGUAGAGGCAAAACUGUCACACCCGCGGCGGCGAAAAGGAGCAGCUCACGGCGUACGCCAUCGGCCGGUGGUACGCCCCGCAACGAGGUGGCCAGCAAGGGAACUCGUGGCGUUGAUCGCAGCAAGUCCCAUGCCGUGUCGGAUGGGGCCCCCUCAUUGACUGUAUCCGCUUCUCCAGCAGGCAGACACGAGGUGCUAACAGACGAGGCGAGAACACGUUCUGCUAGCUCCACUCGUCGCUUGCUGGAAGCUAAAAUAAGGAAGUUCGAGGCUGUAAACAGGAAAAAAAUAAUUGAUCGAAAACCGCUUCUUGGGCUUGAACGGGUGUUGCUUUUCGAUACUGAACCGCCGCGUUUGCUAAAAUAG